AAAAAGGACAGAAGAGUGAGAGAGGGAGAGAGAGAGAAAGAGAGAAAGAAAAAAUUAGGAUUCGCUUGAAUGACCUUCCUAUUUUGUGGAUUCGUCUUCGACUCGUCGGACGAGAAGACGAAACAAAUGCCUGUCGCCUCGGAGGAUUGGGUGGCUCACCCUCCUAAAAUCCCUAAUUCUAUCGCUAGUUCAAUCACCACGGUUAAGGGUGCCACUAUACAAAACACCGCCACCAUACAGAGCAACACUACCGCGUGGAUGUCGCCGUAUAGUAGAACACCCGAUCGUUCUUCUCCUAAUAUUAAUAAUAAUAAUAAUAAUAACAAUAAUAAUAACAAUCAUAAUAAUCAUAAUAACCAUAACAACAACAACAACAACAACAGUGGCGUUGUUAUAUUGGAGGGAUGCAGACCACCUGCGGCUACCACGGCGAGAAGGUUCCUCAGGUGGUUCAGUAGACUCGGUCAACCACCGAUUGGAAAGUCAGGGGUGUUGGAGAUGGCUGCCACGGAGAGUACUAUUCGAUUUAGCGGGCACACGUUGGAUAAAGCUACCAAGGCCAAGGUAACGUUGGAGAAUUAUUACAGCAACUUAAUAGCCCAACACAUAGAGAGGAAGCAGAGGCUAGCAAAGUUGGAGGAAUCAUUGAAGGAUGAGGGCCUUUCGGAACAACAAAAACAGGAGAAGAGAUUGCAGCACGCCCAGAAAGAAACAGAAUUCCUGCGAUUGAAGAGGUCCAGGCUUGGCGUCGAAGAUUUCGAACCACUGAAGGUCAUCGGUAGAGGAGCCUUCGGCGAGGUGAGACUGGUACAAAAGAAGGACACUGGUCACGUUUACGCUAUGAAAAUACUGAGGAAAGCAGACAUGCUAGAAAAGGAACAAGUUGCUCACGUCAGAGCUGAAAGGGACGUCCUCGUCGAGGCUGAUCAUCAGUGGGUCGUCAAGAUGUAUUACAGUUUUCAAGAUCCCAUUAAUCUUUAUCUAAUAAUGGAAUUUUUACCGGGCGGCGACAUGAUGACGCUUCUUAUGAAGAAGGAUACGCUAUCCGAAGAGUGCACGCAAUUUUAUAUUUCCGAAACGGCGUUAGCCAUCGACUCCAUACACAAAUUAGGUUUUAUUCAUAGAGAUAUUAAGCCAGACAACCUAUUGUUGGAUGCACGGGGCCACAUAAAGCUGUCUGAUUUCGGGCUGUGUACGGGAUUGAAGAAAUCCCACAGGACUGAUUUUUAUCGAGACCUAAGCCAAGCUAAACCUUCCGACUUCAUGACGUCGUGUGGAAGUGGAAGCGGAGGUGCUAUGGAUAGUAAAAGAAGGGCUGAAAGUUGGAAGAGAAAUAGAAGAGCUCUCGCUUAUAGCACAGUUGGAACACCCGAUUACAUCGCUCCCGAAGUAUUUCUACAAACUGGUUACGGGCCAGCUUGCGAUUGUUGGUCUCUAGGAGUCAUCAUGUAUGAAAUGCUUAUAGGAUAUCCACCAUUUUGUAGCGAGAAUCCUCAAGAGACGUAUAGGAAGGUAAUGAAUUGGCGAGAGACGUUGGUCUUUCCACCCGAAGUGCCCAUAAGCGAAGAGGCUAAGGAUACCAUAAUCAGAUUCUGUUGCGAAGCCGAUAGAAGACUAGGAUCUCAAAGAGGUAUCGAAGAACUCAAGUUAGCUCCUUUCUUCCGCGGUGUCGAUUGGGAACACAUAAGAGAGAGACCAGCUGCGAUCCCGGUCGAAGUACGAUCCAUCGACGACACAUCCAACUUCGACGAGUUCCCAGACGUAAAGUUAGAGAUACCGUCAGCACCAAUGCCACAGGACGGUGAGGUGAUCUACAAGGAUUGGGUGUUCAUAAACUACACGUUCAAGCGUUUCGAAGGUCUCACGCAACGGGGAACGCCAACGAAAAAAUAGCAACCCCCGAUACCUUGCUCCAACAUCAGCAGUCAGCAGAGCGACACGAUAGGAGGAGUAGGAGGAGGUGGAGGUGGAGGUGGAGUUCCGGCCUUGGUACAUCAUCCUCAUCAUCAUCCACCGUUGUCCUCAACAACGUCGCGAUCUACAGCAACGGCAACAACAUUAACAACAUCAUCGACAACAAUAACAUCAUCAACAACAACAACAACAACAAUAGACGAUUAAAAAUAAUUUCUCUUCGUCUUUCGUCUAAGACGUUCUCUCUCUCUAACUUUCUCGUCCUUACAAAAAAAAAAAAAAAAAAAAAAAAAAAACACAAAGUGCAUACGUCCUGCAUAACGUGUUGAUUCCGAUAGGACGAGCACAUCGAG